AGCUCCCUUUGCAGACGAUAUUGUUCCCAGGAAAACAGUUCAAUAUGUUCCACAAAACCAAGAAGUUCUGAUGUGUUGACCUGUCACCUCAGACAAAGAAAUACUCCUUACUGGACAUCCUUUGUUAUUUACAAAAGAGAUGUUAUAAACGACAAGUUUGGAAAGUCUCACUUUAACUGGUGUGUAGAUGGAGCUAACUACCAUGUAUUGAGAACUGGCUGUUAUCCAUUCAUUAAGUUCCAUUGUACCAAAAGGCCUUAUCAAGAUCUGUACUCAGAAGAUCAAUUUAUCACAGUCUUGAAAAUCAUAAAUCUAGGUGUCCCUACACUGACGUAUGGCUUUGCAUCAUGGAUGUUUAGAAGAUUUGAAGAGGAUGUUAAAACUCCAAAAGGAGUUGUCAAAGUUUACUUCAUGAACAAGGAAGAUCCAAAUGCUGUUAGCUAGAUUGCCUGACACUGAGCCUUUUUACUGUAUGUGAUUUCACGUCUCAGUCCAGUUGUUCUAAUUGCACAGCAUAAUUUUGUAAUCCAGUUGAACAAAGGAACAAUGGUAGCCUAUACAUAUCAGUUGAGUUUGUUUUCUAUAGUUGUGUUGUUGGUUGUUGCCUUUCUUGUUGUAUUAACUUUGAUAAACUGGAUUAAGAGACUUUUUCAGUGGCUAGCAGGAAACACAGAAAAGAAAGUGAAACCUAAAGUAAAAGAAGAAGAAACAAAACCAACGAGUAUUGCUCAAAAUGAUGAUAAAGUGGACUAUGUUGUGAAUAAUGAAAUUCCAGAUUUAGAUCAGAAGAAAGGACUAUAAGGUUGUGAAUAGACUUGUAAUCUACAAACAAGUGGGAUGUUACCAUGGAUACUGUGAACUCAUAUAUUUUCAUGGUUACCAAUUAUCAAUUGUGUGAGGAAAUAUUGUAUUUUUGUAUUGAAUUUUGUUAAAAACUUUAUAUGAUUCACAAAUACCAAUGAUUUUUUGGAAAAUAAGCACCCCACAAAAUAUAAUUAAUGAUAAGCCACAGUAUUUAUUCAUCUUAACAGAAAUUCUGCAGAUUUAGAUCACGAGAAGGGACUAUAUUAAGGUUGUGAAUACACAUUUUGGCAUACAAUUACAUGCAUAAUACUUACAUGGAGAUACUUUUAGAAAAUCAUUCAACCUAACAGAAUUACUGUAUAUUAGAAAACAUUAUUGUGCAAGAAUAGCCUACCAGUACAUGUAAUAUUAAUAUUAUAUGCAAUCUUAUAGAAAAUGCACAAUAAGUAAUAUUUUAUUUCACAGAUUGCAUUUCAUUCAAUAAUUUUUUUAAAGAAUCAUAUUUGAGGGAUAUAAUACAUGUAUAACUUAAAAUAGGUGACUUUUUGAAAUUGAUAUUGGUGCUGUAUUUAUGUGUAUUAGAUUGGCCUUACGCAUCUCGUUUCUUUGAAAAUAAAAUCUUUGAGGGUUA